UUUCCUCGGCAUCUCCACGAAUAUCAUACCACAUGUCACCACGAUCGACGUCCCAUCGAUUCUCGAGCAAUAGAUUGGAGGUGGCCGGCUGUUGACGAUUCGUUCGAUACCCGGAUGAUGCCUUCAAGGACUCGCAGCCGUAGACCGGGCCCAGAUGAUGAAAGCCGAAAAAUCCUGCUGGACCUGCAAGCACCGGAAAAUUGGAUGUGACAAGACCCUUCCAGAAUGUAACAAUUGUCUACGAACGAAUCGAAAGUGCGGCGGCUUCGGCAUCAAAUUAGUCUGGCCUGAAAAGUACGAUGGCCGACGAAAGCCCUCAAUUCCCGCUGCCAGCGGGCAUCUCAUUCAGCGCGGCCAGGAAGUAUUCCCUAGUCUCGCCGUAGACUUUCUCAAUACGACAUUUCAAGAUAUUGCAUUGUCGAAUCAGUACCUUGUGGCCGAAUCUUCGACACAUAUGCCUCUCCUGAGCCUGAAUACGAGGACUUUACCGGCCGUUUCCAACCCCAAUUUCACUCUUGAUGACGGCAGACUGAUUUCGUACUUCGAGGGGAAAUUAGCUCGAAUUAUAACCACCGUAGACGAUGCUCGGAAUGGAUUUCGAAACGAGCUCCUCCCGAUGGCGCUGUCCCAGCAGACCAAGGCCGCACAAAGUCUGCUGGAAAGUAUUCUGGCCCUCUGCGCCUUCCACGUGAGCGGACCCAGUCACGCGUUACGACACAAAGCCCGCGCACUUCGACUUCUGAACGAGUCAUUGCAAACAGAGAUGGAAGGUGACUCGAGCGCAAAACUCGCCGCGUGCAUGAUUCUCUGUGUGUACGGAGUGUUUGACACAACGGACGGCAUGUGGAUGAUUCAUCUCCGCGGGGCAAGAAGUCUGAUGGGAAGUGUCCUGAGUAGCGAUGGCACUGACAAAACACGGCACGAAGUUUCGCCUUUCCUGCGAAGCUGGGUUUUAUACCACGACGUCCUGGGGCAAUUCUCGCAGCUGAAGCGAGACAAGCAAAAUGACAAUCUAGUAAAUCUUCCUUUGUCCUCAGAAGAGAAGACAAUAAUCGUCGGAUCUCUAGGCUGCUCGGAGGAACUAAUGGAGCUGGUCGCAUGCACCAACCAGCUGCGUGGUCAGGCUCGGCACGAUCAAAAUAUCGUGGAUCAGAUCCAAGACCGACUCGAAAAUUUGUCGCAAACCAUCGUUGUCCAGGCUGAAAAGGAUGCUCCGUCUGCCCAAAUCGACGAAGUACGGAUCCAACGUACUGCAGAAUUCUACCAUGUGGCAGCACUCAUAUAUUUUCGUCGACAAAUUCUUCGAGUGUCGUCGCUGUCUCGAUUGAUUCAAGCUCUAGUUGAGUCGGCCCUCCGUUUGAUCGCCGCGAUGGAAAUUUGCACCAGCCCUUGGCCGCUGUUCGUCGUCGCCUGCGAAGUACGAAGUGACGAGCAACGAUUGCAAAUACUCCGGACCUACAAGGAAAUGGAAGUGGCAAGACGAAUUGACAACAUUAUGGUGACGAGGACGAUUGUGGAGGCGCUCUGGAAACAGCAAGAUCUCGCCCUGGACGAGAACAGUAGGGCAAGCAUAGACUGGAGAGACAUGGUUAGUAUGGAUGAGAUGACUCCUUCAUUCAUUUGAUAUCUGCGAAGACCACGAAGGAGGCUGUUUGCUUUUUUUUUUGUUUUUAUAAUUAUAUCGUCGGGCAAUUAACUGGGGUAGGCAUUUUUCCACCCGGAGGCAUGCUUUGCCAGGAGUCUGAAGGCUGGACAUUUUGGGAGGCUCGCCGUUUUUUUGGAUACCUCCGAUCCGUUGUUUACGUGUUAGAUCACAUCUGCAGGAACAUAGAGGCCACUUUUAUGUGAGCCAGACACUACGUGGAGGGUGGCAUUUUGAGUGAUCGGCAUUUAUUCAUGUCGCUAAUGAGAGCAUAUCAUGCAUGAGUGACUGACCAAAUGAGUACGCGCUGUACCGCUGG